CAAAAGACUCACAAAUAAUAUCAUUUCUUUUAUAGGUUCUUGUUCUUUCAACUUUAUAUUAUUUCAUGUACUAGAAUUACAGAUCAUCGGUUAGAAAUUAGAAUGCAUUCGUCAAAUUUCAAACUUUAAUUAUCAGACUCCGAAUUUCGUACUUCAGGCUUCAAUUUUCAAGAGCCAUCAGUCGAAAUUAAGCGAAAAUGAAAAUGUACUUUUUUAGGGUAAAAUAAAAUGGAGUACUUAAAUCCAUUGGGGAGCUAGCUAGGAAUUCUCAUAAAUAACAACUUUAUUUGCCAAGUAGAGAAAGGGAAAAAAGGAAAAAAAAAAAGGGUCAUGAGAAAGAAAAGCAUCUCUUGCCCAAAAACCAUCUCUCUAUGGAGAAGAAGCCAAAGGGUGGUUUCAAGGCCGUGCCUUUCAUCAUAGGGAAUAAUGGGUUGAUGAGUAUGGUGAUGACAGCAUUAUCAGCAAAUCUGAUAAUGUAUUUGAUGAGAGAAUAUCACAUGGAAAUGGCUAAUGGAACUAAUUUAAUCUACAUUUGGACUGCCCUCUCUAAUGCUGCACCCAUCCUCGCUGCUUUCAUGGCCGAUUCUUUGGUGGGUCGGUUUCAGAUGAUCGGUCUCGGUUCUGUUUUCGCCCUUCUCGGAACAUCGCUUAUUUGGCUCCCAACAGUGAUCAUGCAAGCAAAGCCUCCUCAUUGCAGUGAAUCAAAUGACAAAUGUACCCCUGCAACAACACCACAACUGGUUCUUCUCUGCGCCGCUCUGUUCACAUUCGCAGCCGGAUACGGAGGGGUAAUGUCAUCUUCUUUGGCAUUCGGCUCCGACCAAUUGAAGCAUUUUGAGAACGCAAGUAAAACGGAGAGGUAUUUCACAUGGUUUUACGCCACCAGUUCGUUUUCUUCCCUUGUGGGCUUCACUGGUCUGGUUUACCUUCAAGAAAACUUCGGGUGGAAAUUCGGGUACGGUGCUCUGCUUGCGCUCACACUCAUUGCGGUCGUCGGGUUCUUCUCCGGGUCCGCUUGGUACGUGAAGCCAACCCCGACCAAGAACUUGAUCACCGGGCUAUUUGAAGUGAUGGUUGCCUCUUAUAGAAACAGACAUAUCAAGGUCUACUUGGGCAGUGAUGAAACAGAAUACUAUUCCAAAGGAUCAACUCUAAGUCAUCCAAGUGAUAAGCUAAGGUGUCUGAAUAAGGCUUGCAUUAUACAAGAUCCUCAAAGAGACUUGACUGCAGAUGGAAGAGCUGUAAAUCCAUGGAAGCUUUGCACAGUUGAUCAAGUGGAAGAGCUUAAAGCCUUGAUUAAAGUAAUCCCAAUAUGGACUACGAGGGUAUUAAUGUCCAUAAACAUUAGUCAAGGCUCAUUCUCCGUCCUCCAAGCGACCUCCCUUGACCGCCAUAUCGGUCCAAAGUUCGAAAUUCCUGCGGGUUCUGUAGCCUCGUUCGUUGCCGCGUUCAUCGUCACUUGGAUCGUGUUGUACGACCGCGUCAUCCUGCCCUUGGCGUCGGCAAUCAGGGGCAAAACGGUCCAUUUCAGCACGAAAUCAAGAAUGGGGUGCGGGAUCUUUGUUUCAUUCCUUGCGAUGGCUGCAGUGGCAACCGUGGAGGGUAUCAGGAGGAGGGUGGCGAUCAAGGAGGGGUACGAGGACGACCCUAAGGGAGUCAUCCACAUGUCGAUACUAUGGGUGGUCCCACAGUACGCCCUCAUGGGACUCGCAGAGGGCUUGAACACGAUAGCUCAAAACGAGUUCUACAUCUCGGAGUUCCCGAAGAGCAUGUCGAGCAUAGCAUCGAGUCUAUUCGGGCUGAGCAUGGCCAUUGCCAGUCUGGUCUCAAGCUGUCUCAUGAGCAUUGUCAAUAACCUGACUAGUAGGGGAGGGAGAGAGAGCUGGAUAUCAAGUAAUAUAAACAAAGGUCACUAUGAUUACUUCCAUUGGGUUCUUGCAGGGUUAAGCAUGGUCAACUUCUUGUUAUUUUUAGCUUUUAGCAAGGUUUAUGGCCCUUUCAAAGACCAGAGGAUAGAGGCACAGGUGGAUGAGGAAGAUGAAAUGUGAUGGCAUACUAUGAAGGGUCUCCUUUUUUCCAUUUAGAAAUAAGUGUAAAAUAUAUCAUCCACAAACAUUAUUCAUGUUUUUUCUUCCUCAAACAAUGUACCCAACUCUCUCUAUUUUUGAGUCAUGAGAAAGUGACACAAAAUUUAGCAUCUACAGUAAUAUAUGUUGUCAUGAUCU